GGGUUUGCAGGCGCCUCGGGGCGGCGGCUGGGCCGACCUCGGCUGCCCUCCCUUCCCAUGGCCCGAUAGGGCUGGGGACGCGUAAACAAGCAGGAGCAGCGCCUCCCAGCCUCUCCCCCCCCCGGCCCCCACUUGGCAAGGCUGACAGCGCCUUCCCCCCGGGUGGGGGUGCAGGGGGAGGCGGGGGCUCCUCUCUCCCUGGCCACAUCCUGACACGGGGCUAGGUCCUGCCCUCUCUCCCGGUUGCCCUCGCGCGUGCUGAAUGAUCUCCAGCGCUCCGCCUGACAGGGUCGCUUUGCAAAUCGCUCGGCGGCGGCGGGUCGAAGUUGAAACUUCUGGCCUGUUUCAAGAGUUUUGGGGAGGUGGUGUUGCUCUUGCAGAGUCAGGGGGAGGUUUGGAGGCAGCCCGAUUUGGGAGUGGGGGGGCGAGAGGUCUUUUCUGCCUCUUUGCAAUUCGGGGGGGGGGUUGCCUGGAAAGUUGCACAACCCCCCCCCGUUCCUUCUUUGAAAUGUUUGCAACCAACAAACCCCCUGCCCGGAUGAACGCGCACUUUGUGACCCUCAUAAAUAGCGUGCCUUCCCUCUUGCCCAGAGCCGGAGAAGGAAAAGAGGGGGGGGAGGUAGCCAGAGGGUGCCGGAUCAGCUGUUUCCCAGCGCGCGGCCCCUUUAUUGAGGCUUCUCCCUCGCUCCUUCCACCCGCCUCCUUAGCUGUUGACUUUGGUCGAGGCGAGGGAGAAGCUGUUGAUCCUCUAGUUAAUAGAUAAUACGCCCAAGUUCUUCGUGGAACAUUAAACUCUUGUUUCCUUGCAGCCACGGGCGGGGGGUCCUUGCCACAUUAUCCAGCAAACCCAAAACUGGUUCCCGAAGGCGAAUCUCCAGCGACGCAGGCUAGAUGCUGCUUGCUUGCUUUUCUUGUGGAUUCAUGAAUCCCGGCAUAAUAUGUUCUCCUGUUAGUUUUGGUGUGUGUUUUUGUGUGUGCAGCAAGUCACCUCUGUCUGUCACUGCAGCGUGCAUCUGUUGCGUCCAUGGAGAGCAGCCGGGGAGCCAUGGGAACCUGUCAAAUUAUGUGUCAUUCUAACCUAGUUUGCCUCGUGCUCUGACUGGUGGGAGCCUGCUCUCCUGGGUCUCCACUUCCUGCUUGUUCCUCUUGAGAUGAUGCCAGGGGGUGGCCUUAUGCCAAGUCAGACUUUUCAUCUACUCUGCCUACCUCAGUGCUGUCUGCACUGACUGGCAGCAGCUCUCCAGGGUGUGAGGCAGGGAGCCUCUCCUAGCCCUACCCGGAGAUUCCGGGGAUUAAACCUGAGACCUUCUAGAGGCAAAGCAGAUGCUCUACCGCUGAGCUAAGCCCCUUUGCCUGUAUGCCCCGCAGCCACAGCGCUACAGUCACUCUGGGGGGGGGGGUCAAGGGAGAGGCAGCCGUCUCUCUCUCUCUCCCCUACCCCAAGCAUCCAGGCUGUUGUGUGAAUGUAGAAGUGGGCAGGAGGAGGUGACAUUUCAAAAAAAAUUGUCAUUCCGGAGGCAGGUUCAGUUCUGCCAGUGAAAUUUGCUCUUGAAUAAGAAAUGGCACUUUGUAUUUUAGAAUCAUAGAAUUGUAGAGUUGGAAGGGACUGCGAGGGUAGUCUACUCCAGGCUUCCUCAAACUCGGCCACUCGGAUGUUUUUGGCCGACAACUCCCAUGAUCCCUAGCUAGCAGGACCAGUGGUCAGGGAUGAUGGGAAUUGUAGUCUCAAAACAUCUGGAGGGCUGAGUUUGAGGAAGCCUGAUCUAGUCCAGCCCCCUGCAGUGCAGGAAUAUUUUCCCAACGUUGGGCUCGAACCCACGACCCUGCGUUUAAGAUUCUCGUGCUCUCCAAACUGAGCUAUCCCAGAAGGUGAUGUCUGUCUGCCUGUCUCAUUUCUGGAUUACUUAAGGAAAGUGAAUGGAUAUUAUCAUGAUUUUCUUUCUAGUGAUUUGACAGGGAAAUACCAGCCUCACCCUCCCCAUCAAUCUCAGAGGCAGAAGCAACACACACAAAUUUUCUCCUCUUCCCUAACUAGCAGGAAAAGAAAAGUGUCCUGGUCCAGUUUUGGCUUGUCAAACUUAGCAGUAAAGUCUAAAAGUAGGGAAGGAAUCUGUCAGGUGCUUCACAAGGCAAAACUCUGCUUUUGCUUAAAUACAACGAACAAAGCAUAUUGCCUUAUUUUCUCCCCUGUCCCUAGAUCUGUAGGGGGCGGGAUUGUGGAGAGAGUCUGAACACAGAAACAACUUUUGUGUGUGUGGUGGAGCCACCCUGGAAACAGCAGCACUGUGUUCAAUUCAAAUGCAUCUCUCUCUUUAGGGCUCAGCCGUGGGGUGGUGAUGGUGCAAGUUUGAUGCAUAGCACUGACUGGUUAGUGCCCGUAACAUCAUCAAGAAACUUCUCCCUCCCCUGAGCAGUUCCGCAAUUUGAAAAAGCUUCCUUUUGAAAAAUACACAUAAACAGUCAAAUGCCUUAAUGUUCCUGCAGAGUUUAAAACUAAAACUGCAGGUAGGCAGCUGGCCUGAGUCAUGAAAGAGGAAGCAAAACUGACAGAAGACUCUGAUUUGCCUCAGCAAAUGAAUGUUUAUAAUUUCGGUUGCAAAGCCGGGCGGAAGCUGAGCAGUCCCUGUGGCAGCUUAAUUUUUUUAAUAUCAGUUCCUGCGUUUCCAAACAGUUCAGAGUGGUUUUUACCCCUUGCUGCCUUUCAGAUGCAGCUUUUCUGGAGAAGAGGAAAAAAUUACCACCAAGAGAAAACUGACUGUGUAAAUGCAUAUUAAUAGUGCACUUAAAACAAACACGCACACUCGGAUUACUAUUUUUAAAGUUGCCAUGACUGGAAAUAAACAGCUGCUAUAUUAAAAAAUGAGGGGUUCUCAUUUUAAGCCUCCCAAGGGCUAAGUGGACUUCCUAAAUCUGUUCCCUCGUUCCCAAAAGUGCCUCCGCAUAGUGAGAAGCCUCUGCUUGACUGUAGCAGCUAGUGGUUCCAGCAGCCACCCACACAGAGCUCCCUUCCAACCCUCUCCCUCUGCUGUCUUUCCAUCAGCCACAUGCUCUGGUAGAGGAAAAUGGCAGGCAAAGGCACCGCAAUUCCUUCUUUUGGUUUUUGCCAAGAAAACAGUCACAGGCAGUAUGGGGGGGAUGACUGAGCCAAGGGGGCAGUGGCAGCACUGAAAGAAGGCUGGAGGAGAGUGGGUUAUUGCAUGUGUCUGUGACAGCUGUCAGGCCAACUGGGCUGCUACAGUCACCCGGAGACUUCUGGCUGUUUGUGGCCUCAUUCACAGGCUCCUGUGCACAUACCAGUUCUGCGAUUCUGAUGAGAGAGCCCUUGAGAAUGUGCACAGUUACCGAGGUGUAAGCUCCUUUGAAUUCGACGAGACUUUCCUCCAUGUAAACAUGUCCAGAGUUGUGCUGACAGCCCCAUUUUGCAGGCUGUCUAUAAGUGGGUAAAUGCUUUUAAUGGAUAACACACAAACAGGUAUGAUCAGCUGGGAACAUCUGCUCCACAAGGCUCGCCGAAAUGAAUGGGGCAAUGCUUUAGGGUGGUAAUACACACUCAUUUUCUGCAGGAUCUUAGAGCAAGCGGUUCUCUUCAGACUCUUGUUUCUUUCUAAUUAAGGCGUCCUGAAUGUCAAAUGACUGUAAUGCUUUUUAAGAGGCAGGCUGUGUUGCUUAGAAGAAGCCCUCUAAUUUUCACAUCUGCCAUUCUCUCUUUCCCCUCCACCUCCCAAGUCUGUAAUUCAAGGAACAAAGUGAGCAAAGGUUUGUGUACAUCAGCCUCCCCCAAGCUGGUGCCCUCCAGAGAUUUUGUGCCUCUGGAGGGCACCAUCUUGGGGAAAGCUGAUGUGCAGAAUGCAGUUACCUCAUUUGACCCAAACAUGAAUAGGCAAGACUUGACUGUCUCUUUCUGGAACAGAAAUGGAAGCCUCACGACUCCUGUUCUGGCUCCAGUGGUGCCUUCUACCAAAUAGGUUAGGGGCAGAUCAGUGUCAGUUAGGAAUUAGACUUGCAUCAUCAGGGAAAUGUGGGUCCAAAGCCCAUCACUGUGAAUGGAGAUGGAGCUGUUGCAGGAAGUUAAUGAAGCUAUGCAGGGCUGCUAAGACUCCCCAACCAUUUGACACCUGCUGAGCUGUCCUAGGUAUCAGCCUGGCAUUUCCGAGCGAUUUGACAGCAACCAUGAGGACUAGCACCUUGGUUUGAAAAGAAUGUUCCUCAGCAGGAGACCCAUGAGGCAUGGCUGUUUCCCCCUGCCACUUCCAUCAAGCUAAACAGUUGUGAUUGAAGGCAGGGGUUUUUCAUUUAAGAUAUGCAGGAUGCAAACUAUCAAAUUGUUGAUAGAAUCAUAGAAUUGUAGAGCUGGAAGGGACCCAAAGGGUCAUCUAGUUCAACCCCCUUGCAAUGCGGGACUCAGACAGUUAAAGAAUCAUAUUUGGGGCAGCUGGUGUUUGAAGCCUUCAGGGCUGGACAUGCCAGCUAUGUGCUAGCUAUUCGCCCAGAACAAGUCUUCAGACCUAGUAAAUUAAAUACAACCUCACCAUUGAAGUAGGAGAGCCCCCCAAUGGCACCAAAGAGCUUCCUCUUGUUUAAUUUUUGCUACCCACCUUGGGCUGCAACACUGGAGAACCCUGGCUAGCCAGGACACCUGUGGAACUGACUGGGUUUUGUUGUUAUUAAAAAAAAUAUUUAUUGCAUUUAUAUCCAACCUUUCUUUCCAAGGCGGUCCAAGUGUUGUAACUGGCUCUCUCCCUCCUCAUUUAAUCCCCACAACAAGCUUGUGAGGUAGGUCAGGUAGGCAGAGAGGCAGUGGCUGGCCCAAGGUCGCCCAGUGAGUUUCAGGGCCAAGUGAGGAUUCGAACCCUGGACUCCCGGGUCCUAGCCCAACACUCUAGCCCAGGCACCCCCAAACUGCGGCCCUCCAGAUGUUUUGGCCUACAACUCCCAUGAUCCCUAGCUAACAGGACCAGUGGUCAGGGAAGAUGGGAAUUGUAGUCCAAAACAUCUGGAGCGCCAAAGUUUGUUUGUGCCUGCUCUAACCACUCCACUCCACUGCUCCAGCAGCUUGAUGAGUCACGGGUCGUCCAGGUCUCCCAACGCUGUCAAGAUGUGCACAGAAAGUGUUAACAAGCUUGGAAAACGGGAAGAGUUUCUGCCUUUGGCGAUGGGAGGAAGGGUCACCUCAAAUCUUUGAUUCGGGUCACCUUGCUGCUAGAAACGCAGAAUAUUGGCUGCUGCAGUUGCUUCUCUCUCAGUGCAGGUGUCCUGAUUACUUCUUUCUCUCGCUCUUUGCAAAUUAGACCUGCUAAUCUGCUUUGUCCUAUAACAGCAGUUGCUGUGGAGUUCAUGUGGUGUGAACACACCGCCAGGCUGUCUUGUUUGCACAAAUCAUAAAUCGUAGAAAUGUAGAUCUGGACGGCACCCCAAUGAUCAUCCAGUCCAACCCCCUGCAAUGCAAGAAUCACGACUAAAUAAUAAUUCAGGCCCGAUUUAUUAUUCCUUACAGAAGCGCCACGUCUUUGGGGGGAAGGGUGGAGCAGGAAGAGAGGGCUUUUUUAAUGUAAGCAUGUAUUUUUAAAGCACAUCCUUAAGGUAAUGAACAAUUUGACCUUCAGUUACACAUAUUUGAGUGUAACAUGUUCCGAACCCGGAAGAUGAUAUGUUAGCGCAAAUGGGCCACUACACCAACCUCAGUUUGUCGUGCCUCCCUGCCUGCCUUCUUCACAUAAUUUUCCAUUUAUAUAGUUGGAAGAGACCUUUAGACUCAUCUAGUCCACCCCCUUGCAAUCAGGGUGGAUUUGAUUUAAAUCAAACUGAUUUAAAUCAUGAUUUAAAUCACGAUUUAAAUCACUAGUCAGUAAGGCUUGAUUUAAAUCAUAGUUGAUUUAAAUCAUAAAGACUAAUUCUUGCUGGUAUAACUUUAAUAUGCAAGUAGAUGAAGAUUUUUAGAAUAACAACUUUUCAUAUUAGUUUUUUUAUCCCCAGUAUAAUAGGUUAAUCAUUCAUAUUUGAACAACUUUACUGUUGUACUUAGGAAGGAGAAAAACAAUCAUUACCUUAAUAAUAACAAUUUAAAUAGAUUUAUUCAACUGAAACAAUAACAUUUCAGCAAAUGUUAUUUGCUUAAACAAACAUCCAUGUUUGUUAACUAAUUUGGCUAAACAAAAACAAUAUAUAUAUAUUUUAAGAAACUUAGACUGUCAGCCCAGCCUACACAUGAAAAACUUAAAUACUGUCCACUCCAAACAAUCAGAAAAAUAUUGUUUCUAUUCUAUUCACUGAACUUCUUGAAACUUAGCACUGAAGGGGUUGCUUCUGUAUUCAUAGGUUUGUAGAACAAUAGGAUUAAGGUCUUUUUCUCAACUCUGUUCAUGUUAUAACAUUUUUGCUGUGAAGAAGAGGCAUGUGAUCUCUGUUGAGUCAAAUUCAGUUUUGAGAACUGCAAAAGUAAACCAAGCACCUGUGAUAAUAUCUUGUAGGCAGAGAAACUGCCCAAUAAUCUUACAAAAACCUCUGGAAGAGCAUGACAUUGUGAAUGGAUUAAUGGAAUUUAUUUACCCCCAAAAUUAAACAUAUACAACCUUAUACUACAAAAUUAAAAAACUAAUCUUUAUUUCAUGAUGGAAUAACCUUUGGAUGGUAAUAUGUUUUCCUCGAAAAGCAUUUUAUUAAAAAAAAUCCAAUUUAAAUCAAAAAAAUCGAUUUAAAUCAAAAAAAUCCGAUUUAAAUCAAAAAAAUCCGAUUUUUUUUAUUUUUUUAAAAAAAUCAUUGAUUUUUAUCCACCCUGCUUGCAAUGCCUCCCUGACAGAUGGCCACCCAACCUCUGCUUAGAAACCUCCAAGGAAGGAGAGUCCACCACCUGCCAAGGGAGACCGUUCUACUGUCAAACAGCUCUUACCGCCAAAAAGUUUUUUCCGUGUGUUUAGUCAGAAUCUCAUUUCUUGUUACAGCGUCAUGCUCAGAACGUCACGGCAAGAUCAGGACACCUGGUGAUCAAGCAACAAGGUAGAGAUGUUGCCACCUGGAUAGACCUUGCCUGCCCUGCCUGUCUCACUUGAGAUUUAAUCAGAAGAUCAUCGAAUUCUGGCAUUGAAUUGGACCGGAAAGAAAAUGGUGUGUAUUCUAACGAAGACAAAUGCCUUUGUUUCAAUGAGAGAGACCCGGUCGUAAGGAGUGGAGGGCAGAGAGCCCUUUGCUACAAGAUAGAUAGAUAUAUAGCCCCCUCCCCGACCCUUGCAGAUAAGGUGACGCAACCUCUGUCUUGGAAAGAGCUCCUCCAGAUAAGACACGACCAUGUACUCGUUUCUGCCGGAGAACUUCACUCCCGUGAAGCAGAAGCCAGUCAAAGAGCUGAAACCCAUGAUAGUGGCCAUCGUGCUCGGCCUCAUCCUGCUCAUCGCAGCCGUGGUGGCCUGGUGCUACUACGUGUCAUCCCUUCGGAAGGCGGAGAGGCUGAAGACAGAGCAGAUGGACCUCCAUCAGGACGGCUUCACCAUCAAAAACCAGGACGGGGAGGUCGUCUUCAGGCUGGCCUUCCAGUCGGGCAUCCUUGACUUGGAGUCUUGCUCCAGGGAGGGUGCGAAUCUUACCUGCACCAGGACUGACAAAGGGAAGCUCAACUUCUUCAUUAAGAUCGUCACCCCAAAAGACACAGUGAUGUGCUACCGGGUCCGGUGGGAGGAGUUUGCGGCGGACACCGUGGUGGAGCACAAGAUGUUCUGGGGGGAUGCCCACUGGUAUGGGGGCUGCGAGAUGAGCGUGCAGCACUGGCCCAUUGAGUUGCCCGGGUCCCAGGAGCCCAUGCCUUUUGUGACCAGCGAUGUCUAUUCUUUCAGGAACAGCUUUGGGGGGAUCCUAGAGAGGUACUGGCUGUCCUCCAAAGCAGCCGCCAUCAAGAUCAACGACUCUGUGCCCUUCCACCUCGGGUUCAACGCCUCCGAAAGGUCCCUCGUCUUCCAGGCCAGGUACAAAGAUUCCCCCUACAAGCCUCCGCUGGGGCAGCCGCCGUUCCCCGAGCUGAGCUACCGCGUCUGCAUCGGCUCCGAUGUGACCUCCAUCCACAAGUACAUGGUGAGGAAGUAUUUCUACAAGCCAUCGAAGAUCCCCUCGGAAAACGCCUUCAAGUACCCGAUCUGGUCGACCUGGGCCUUGUACAAAAACGACAUCGACCAGGACAAGCUGCUGCGCUUUGCAGAGAAGAUCAAAAAGUACAAGUUCAACUGGAGCCACAUUGAGAUAGACGACACCUACACACAAGCGUACGGGGACUUCGACUUCGACCCGGUCAAGUUCCCGAACGUGACAGAGACGUUCAAGAAACUCAAAGAAGAUGGGUUUCAGAUCACUCUCUGGACGCACCCGUUCAUAAACUACAAUUCCUCCAACUUUGGGGUAGGCAUAGAGAGGCAGCUUUUCAUCAAGGAGCCAACGGGGAGGCUUCCUGCUAUGGUCGAGUGGUGGAACGGGAUUGGCGCCAUAUUGGAUUUCACCAACCCUGCGGCCAGGGACUGGUUCCAGAGCCACCUGAGGCAACUCCGGAGUAAGUACGGCAUCUCUUCCUUCAAGUUUGAUGCGGGAGAGACCAGCUACCUUCCCAAACAGUUCAGCACCUUCCGCCCCUUGUCAGACCCCAGCAUUUGGUCCAGGCGCUACACGGAAAUGGCCAUCCCAUUUUACGAGCUAGCGGAGGUGAGGGUUGGCUACCAGUCUCAGAACAUCUCCUGCUUCUUCCGCAUCAUUGACCGGGAUUCUGUCUGGGGCUAUGAGCUUGGGCUGAAGUCCUUGAUACCGACCGUCUUGACCAUCAGCAUGCUGGGGUACCCUUUCAUAUCGGCCGACAUGAUUGGCGGGAACUUCUUUCCCAACAAGACGGAUGGGGCGGUGGAAAUCCCGGACCAAGAGCUCUACAUCCGAUGGCUGGAGCUGUCGGCCUUCAUGCCUUCCAUGCAGUUCUCCAUCCCACCGUGGCUUUACGACAGAGAGGUCAUCGACAUCGCCCUGAAGUUCACCAGGCUCCACGAGUCUUUGGUUGCCCCCCUCUUGCUGGAGCUGGCCGGGGAGAUCACCGACACUGGGGACCCCAUCAUCCGGCCCAUCUGGUGGAUUUCUCCCCACGAUGAGGCUGCACACAAGAUCGAUUCCCAGUUCCUCAUUGGGGACACCCUGAUGGUGGCUCCCGUCUUGGAGAUGGGCAAGCAAGAGCGAGACAUUUACAUCCCAGCUGGCAAAUGGCGCAGCUACAAAGGGGAGCUCUUUGAAAAGACACCCACCCUGGUGACGGAUUAUCCUGUCGAUUUGGAUGAAGUCGCUUAUUUUGUGUGGGUGUCCUAACAGUCUUCAGCUACUGCUGCCACCACCAGCUAUGAAGCUUAGUGAAAGUCAACCAGGCCUUAUUCUAGGAUAUUAACAACGAAUAAUUCUAAUCCACUAAGGAGGCAGAAGUGGGGGAAACUGGAAAUGGCUAUGUAUUUGUCCCUGCAUAUGCUGUAAAGAUCUAGCUUCGUUCUUGUGAUCUAGAAAUGCUGGAUAAAAAUGGCAUGGGAUUUGCACAUUCGAGGAAACGGUCUUUCCAGUCUCCCCUCGCAAGGCCCAUAACUGCACAGGAUCUCUCCCCCAAGCAAAUUUAUUCCAUUUCUCGAGGUGGGUCUUGGGGGGCCUUUGCAAUGCCAGCUGCAAUUAUUUACAAACCCAUCUCUAGUCUCCGGUGCCUCGGACUGGGUGCACAUAGCAGGCUGUUAGCCAAACCGUCCAGACUGGAUCUUUCUUUAAGCUGUGGGAAGCUGUUCCCUGCCUGCAGCUUUUCCAAAUAUGAGCCAAGGGAAAACCUUGAGCUAUGAGCAAGGGAUCCCUGCCCUUCUAGGGAAGGGGUUCUUCCCCCAGAGAGGGAGGUGUUCAGGGUUGCUAUAGCACAACUAGCCUUACAUUUUACAGUGCAGUAAGCUAUUAUUUGAAAUAACUCUGGAGGUUUUCCUAAAGAGUAUAACUUCAGUUUAUUACAGGCACAGAAAUCCACACACAUUUACAUAUAUUCCUCGUCUGAUGUUAGAUGAGGCUGGCUUAUCAUGUUGUGUAGGCCUUUAGUUACCAGGCUGGGCUGGUUACUCAGCUCUGGAGCUUUUGAACAGGACGGGCAUCUCAGCCUUCCCCUUGUUGCUGCUCCCAGCCACCUUCUUUCCAAGGCAAUCCUUGGUUAGCAAAAAGGAUAAUACAGUAAUCUCCAAUAUAUGGAUGACAUGCUUGCUCCCACAGCAAGCAGGUGUGUUUUAGAGGUGUGGAUCGGGACUCAAAGCCCUUCCUUGCUGCUGCUGUUGUUGCUGUUGCUGCUGCGUCUCCUCUGGGGUUAUUUUCAAAGGUGCCUUUGCAGCUCCGUUGCCAAUAAAGGAUUGACUUUCAACUCAUGGACGGUUCCCAGGAAGAAGAGCAUCGCCAGACUCCUCCAGACAAGACGGCAAGCUCUUGUUGGCAGCCCAUGUGACUCUUGUGUGUUCAAAGAGGCAGCUAGGGGAGGGUGAGAGCAGGGGGAUCAAAGCUCUGCUGUUAACUUACUAAUAGGACACGGAAUAAAAAUGGUUCUUCCUGCUCCCAAGUGAUGCUGCGCCAAAUGGGCAGGUUCGUGGUUUCUCCUCCUGGAAGGCAAACUGAAGCUAAUGCAACCUGGUGUGUUAUUGUUUUCAUUAGGGUUUGACGAGGGGAAUCCUUAUCCUUAUAGCCAACUGCAGUAAGGAAUUUUGAAAGGGUGGGAUAUCUACUCUCCAAAAGCUCCUACUUGGCUCCCCAUUGCAUCAUGGUGACUGCCUGGGGGGGGGGGAUUCAUAGAAUCAUAGAGUUGGAAGAGACCACAAGGGCCAUCCAGUCCAACCCCCUGCCAAGCAGGAAACACCAUCAAAGCAUUCUUGACAUAUGCCUGUCAAGCCUCUGCUUAAAGACCUCCAAAGAAGGAGACUCCACCACACUCCUUGGUAGCAAAUUCCACUGCCGAACAGCUCUUACUGCCAGGAAGUUCUUCCUAAUGUUUAGGUGGAAUCUUCUUUCUUGAAGUUUGAAUCCAUUGCUCCGUGUCCGCUUCUUUGGAGCAGCAGAAAACAAUCUCCCUCCUCCAUAUGACAUCCUUUCAUAUAUUUGAAAUUGACAAGCCGCAUUACGAUUUCCCCUCUUCCCUGAGUGGUAGAUAUCUUAAGGACCUUUUGCUCCCAUUUUUACACCCUCUCAAGCUAUGUAU